GCCCGCUCACAAAUCAGCAUGUCACGACGUUGAACGCUCUUCAGGAGCCCUCAAAUUCGUACGAGUGUUCUGCGCAAACAUAACGCUCAUGAUGUUCCUCAAGGUCGCCAUCAUUUAUGACUGUGGUUUGCUUGACAAUCCUCGGCUCGGGUUAGAUGUGCCUUUCAUGGCCCGUGUUGACAUCGCCAUUGAGCCAACUGAUAUUCUCGACUUCGCGAGACUAUAUCUCGAUAACGGGCCCAUUGCAAAGAAGCUUAAAGGAAUGGUGCAAGUCAAUACUGUCUCUGCGUGGGAUCCGAACACACAUCCUCCCCUCACGCCAACGCGGCUGCGCUUAUGGCGCGAGGCUCGAGCACACUCCACCGCAUCAGGUUACGGAAAAGAUCCUGUUGGACUCAUCGAGUUCCUCAAUUAUACAGAGAAUUCUACCACCGCUGCCACGUUCCAUAUUUCCAGCUCUAUCCUUGACGUCGCGAGGAAACGCGAGCCCUUCUUAUGUUCCUCUGCCAUUAUGGGCAAUCAUUUUGAGAAGCCUAUGGAUUCCGCGACAUGCAUAGAGUGGGUUAUUUGACCCCAUAUUGUGGAUUUCAAUAAGCGCGGCCCCUUACAAUCGCCUUGCAUAGGUAUAUCAACUUGCAUAUUCGGGCCGAUGAACAGGAUCAGUUGCUUUUACGGACUGUGAUGACAGAGCAAGACAAGGAAGUUAUUCGCGCUGCAGGUCGCAACGAGAACUCGCUUCCCGUCUCUCUUCUCAAUUUCAAGAUGCAAAGAGAACUCCUCUAUGCUA